UCAUUCAUUCAUACUUCUAUAAUCUCUUAAUGCUAUUUUACUUCUUGAACAUUUUUGGCUUAUGCUCUUGGAGCCUAACUCUAUAAUGCUCCAUCCUGCUUCGUAUUUCAGCCACCACCAGAGACGUUGGUAUACUAUCACGUUUAAGUAAUGUUUUACUUCUACUCCUACCUCUAGGUAUCCAACAAUUUUUCCUUUCUUAAACAGAAGGAAAUGCUGAGAGCUCAAUGGUUGAAUUCGUCAUCUUUAUCUGCACCAAUUAAGACUUGAGCAGAGUGAAAAAUAUGGGGCGCCUGCUUCUUACAGUUACGAUACUUGCAUGGGCUGUGCCUAUUUCCAUGCUUGUAAAUCGCAUUGUUACAGAUCCCUACAUGGAUGAAAUAUUUCAUGCGCCACAAGCACAAAGAUAUUGUAAAGGGGAUUUCAAAACUUGGGAUCCCAUGAUUACAACCCUUCCUGGAUUAUACUAUGUUUCCCUUGCGUAUGUCGCUCCUCUGUUUCCAUGGGUGCAGUGGGCUGGAAUAGUGUCAUCUUUUCAAGAUUUGUGCUCUACGGCCAUUCUUCGUUCUGUCAACAUUGCUUUGGCAGUUAUUUGCUGUCUUCUUUUCCAUGAUAUUUUAAUAGAAUUAAGGCCAAAUGCAUAUACCAAAUAUGCAACUAGAUGGGCCUUUGUUUUCUCUCUUUAUCCAUUACAUUGGUUCUUCACCUUCCUUUUCUACACAGAUGUGGGCUCCACAACUGCAGUCAUGGCCAUGUAUCUGGCUUGCCUUAAAAGAUCCUACUGGUUAAGUGCCCUGCUUGGUUGCCUUGCAAUAAUCUUUAGACAGACAAAUGUUGUGUGGAUGGCAUUUGUUGCAUGCAUUGGGGUGGUGCAGUACACAGAAAAGUUUGGUGGAGAAUACACUGUAGCAAUGAAAAACAAUAUAUUGUUUAAUCCUCUGAGUGAAACCAGUGAUGGAAACAGCAAAGCAGUUCACACAUAUUUGAGGCAUCGCCAGAAUGUUAAUUCAAAGAAAAUAGCAUCUAACACUCUUUCAGAUGAAAAUUUGCACCAUACAAGAAGUAAAUAUUCAGGUGUUGUUGGGGAGUUGCAUGUGUUAGCAUACAACUUGUGGUGGCAAAAAUGGGGCAUUUUGACUAACUUUUUUCCUUUUCUUCUUGUUCUCAUGGCAUUUUCUGCUUUUGUUAUAUACAAUGGCAGCAUAGUUGUGGGGGCAAAAGAUGCACAUGCAGUUUCUCCCCACUUUGCGCAGAUUUUAUAUUUUGGGCUUGCAUCUGCAGUAGCACUGGCACCUUUGCAUUUCAAUAUUGACCAAGCAGUAGCACUUCAUCAGUCAUUUAUGAAAGGAAGAACAAGAUUCAUCAUUUGUUGCCUUCUAUCCCUAGUUGCUGGCUUUGUGUGUGUCAGAUUUUUCAGUUUGGUUCAUCCAUAUCUCCUUGCUGACAACCGUCACUAUCCUUUCUACAUAUGGAGAAGGGUCAUUCAGACACAUUGGUUGAUGAAGUACCUGUUAAUUCCCCUUUAUGUUUAUUCAUGGUGGUCAAUUUUUCAUGUCUUAGGGAAGGCACAGAAGAAGAUCUGGUUAUUUCUUUUCUUCUUUGCGGCUGUAGGGGUCUUGGUACCAGCUCCCUUAAUUGAGUUUAGAUAUUACACCAUUCCAUUUUAUUUAAUAAUUUUGCAUAGUCCAGUCAAGGAAAGAACUUGGAUUUUAAUCGGAAUGCAGUACAUCAUUGUAAAUCUGGCUACUAUGUCCUUGUUUUUGUUCAGACCGUUCCAUUGGGAUCAUGAGUCAGGAACCCAAAGAUUCAUUUGGUGAAAAGAAAAUUUGCAUUCUCUGACAACUUGAUAUUACAUCAAAAAUGUAUUGCAAGUAAAAUCUUCUAUUUUUCUUUUUCUCUUCUGAUAGGUGGGCAGUAUUUUAGUGCUACAAUUAUUGUUAAAUCGAAAGUAUUCCUACUUUCGUCCAUAAAUAAAUUUGCCAGUUCAAGAUAA